GUAUAGCAUGUAAGCACUAAGCAGUGUGCCAGUGUGUAGUGGCACUGACUGAGUGGCACAUAACUGUGUAGUAACGUCUGGACUGGUGACGCACUGACGCCUUCCACGCCUUCAGAUUCUUUACAUGUAUGUCAAAUGUUUUAAAUUCCAAGAUCAUGUCAACAUUAGAAGAUAAAAUUUUGGGAGAAAAAUUACACUACUACUGCAGCAGUUCCAGUGAAGAUGAAGGAAAUGAUUCUGGAGAUUCCGAAGACAAAGAAUGUGAUGAUGUGAAAUAUGCUGAUGAUACUGCACAAUAUAUUGAGCCUUCAUACUUGGAAUGGGACGGGACUUCCAGUAAUACAGGACCUAAAGGUGUUAUAAAGGAUUGGCAACGAUAUAAGCAGUUAGAAGCAGAAAAACGAGAAUCGCAAGAGAAAGAAAGGCUGCAGUUGAUUAAGAAACUGAGUUUAACAUGCCGUAGUGCUUUAGAUGAAGAAAAAGAAAAACUGAAUGAGACAGACCCAGAGCUGGCAAAUUUAUUAACUGAUGAAUUUCUUCUAGAAUAUCAGAGACAGAGAAUGAAAGAAAUGCUUGCAAAAACAGAGAAACUUUGUUUUGGGAAAGUUAUUGACUUGGAGAAUACAGAUCAAUUUCUACAAGCCGUUGAUGGAGAAGAUAAGUCAGUAAUUGUUAUUGUUCAUAUUUACGAGGAUAAUGUAUCUGGUUGCGAAGCCAUGAAUGGAUGCUUGAUAUCUCUUGCGGAAGAAUAUCCUUACGUAAAGUUUUGUAAAAUUUUAGGCUCAAUUGCAGGUGUCAGCAAACAAUUCAAGAAAUUUGGCGUACCAACAUUGUUAGUGUAUAAAAAUGGACAAGUGAUAGGAAAUUUUGUCCAUGUUACGGAUCAUUUAGGAGUAGAUUUCUAUUCAUCGGACGUGGAAGCAUUCCUCAUCGAGCAUGGAAUUCUCGCUGAUAAAAAUUGCAUACCACUUAUUGUUUUGAAGAAUGAAAAUAGAGCUUCCGAUAACGAAUAAAAAAAUUAUCAUUCUUUUUAAGAUAAUUUAUUAGUAUUAUUACACAUAUAUUUACUAAUUUAAUAAACUAUUUAAAUAUAAACUUUAUUAAACCUUAUACCAUAGAAUCUUGAUCAAGAGAAAGAUUGUCGAUGUAUUUUACAAAAUGUAAAUGCAAAAAAUAUUUACUUUUAAACCAGAUAAA